ACCGCAUAUCUAUGCCCCACUUGCGAAAAUAUUCAUUGUAUCUCUCUCUUUCUCUCUCUAAACUUUGCAAAUGCAUCGGCAAUCCUUUCCAUACUAAAAAGUGGCCGAUCGGGCCUGCCUCUCUCUCUAAAAUUGAAACCCGAGACUGGGUUCAAUUUUGAAGCUUUUCUUCUACAAACCUCAAACCAACCCAGAGUUUUCAUGGGAUUUUGAGGGUCAAUCCUAGAUGCAAUGGAAGCAAGCAAGUCUCAAUUGAACCCUUAUGCAACAGCGUAUAUCCCCCUCUCCCAACGACAGCCUCAACUCACUCACAAUAAAACAAUUUCAGAGAAAAGUACAGAAAAUUUUGGGAUUCUGACCGAGAAAAUUAUCACUGGAACAAUGAAACCUGUGGAUGGGGCAUCACAAUAUCAGCUCCCUGAUGAUAUCUCUCUAGAUUUUCACAUCCCUGAAGAAGAUGAACUCUUUGAUCCUGAUGAUUUCCUGCCACCUGGACAUGAAUAUGAGAGUUUCAGGAUGAAGGGUGGGAUGGAUAAAAGCCAGGGGUUUGAGAGGGAUUCUCAAUGGCUUGAGGUACUCCUUGCUAGAUUCCCUGGUUUCUCAGAGGAGUGCCUUAUCGAUGUGUACUCUGCAAAUAGUGGUCAUAUGCCUUCGACUAUCGAUAUGCUUUCACAACUUGAGUAUUGGCUGGCUGAAGGAGUGAAAAAGACGGAAAUAAUGCGAAAUGUGCGAGGGAGAGAAAUGGGUAUUCUAAAAUUGGUUGAUCUCUUUCACUAAAUACUGGAUUUGUUGUGUGACCAAUCAAAGAAAUCCUUUUCAACCAUUUUGAAAGUGGAUUAUGUUGCAUGGGAGUAUGAGUGUUCUUAAACUGGUUCAUCUUUCUACAGCUGGUUUUGUUCUCUCUCUCACUGUAUACAAAAUCAGUUACAAAAGAUGAUUUACCAUGCAACAAAACAGUGUUUGUAUGGUAUUCCUUCCAUCUUAAUCAUCGUUGUUAUCUAUUUCAUCACCAUUUUUUCUUCA